AUGUCGGGAUCGCAUCCCAGACGAAAAAGUGACUUCAGCAUCGCGAGAAUUCUUGGGGAUGACUCUAAAUCAUCUUCAGGGAUUAAAGAGGGAGAAGAAAUAACGAGUGAUUGUACCGAUUGUUCAUCCGAUAGAGAGGAUGAGGUAGACGUUGUGACUGUUGAGGACACCUCCACUGGAGGUUCAAAGGAACGACUACAGCCGGACUGCGAUGAAGAGGAUUUGUCUCGAGUGAAAAAUUCAAAUUUGAAUAUUUGUGGGGAUCUAGGGGCGCGGAAUCUCCAGUGGCUCCAGUGCACCAGGUACAAGCCUCCGAGACUUCCCCGGAGGAGUUCUGGCAGCAGAAACUCCAAGAGGAGACCAGCCACUCAUCCCAGGAUACCUUUCACUUCAUUUCAACUUGGAGUACUUGAAGAUAAGUACAAGGGUGGGCCCUAUCUCACCAGGAAGGAUGUCCUCCAGCUUUCAGGGGUCCUCAAGCUGCCCCAGAGUCGUGUGAAAAUUUGGUUCCAGAAUCGAAGGGCCAGGGAUCGACGGGAGAGCAAGAUCUCCAGUAGUUUGAGGAUUUCGUAG